AUGGCGGCUGAGGUGGACUUCGGCGACCGCGAGCUCUUCGAGCAGUUGGACGCGGACGAGCCCGCGGCGGCGCCGGCCGCGCAGCCGCUCCACACCCGCUUCGACGAGGAGACGGAGGAGUUGCGCGAGCGGCUGCGGGAGUGCCAGGAGACCGUGAGGGAGCUGCAGGCCGAGAAUCUUGAACUCAGAAGAAAACUGAAAAUACUGACACGACCAAGUGGACUUAAAGUGGAUGACUCUAAACAUGAUGGGCCUUUGUUACAGAUUUUAUUUAUGAACAAUACUAUUUCAAAGCAAUAUCAUCAAGAAAUAGAGGAUUUCAUAUCUAGUUUAGUUCAAAGAUAUGAGGAACAACAGAGAGCUGAAGCUGACAAGACAUUCUUCAAUGUUAAGCCACAGCCCUCUAGUUUUGUGCUGGAAGAGGACUGUAAAACAACAAGCCCAAAUCCAUCCCAAAAAAUGAAGGAAGCUUUUAGUGUUAUAGGGAGUGUGUUCUAUUUUACCAAUUUUUGUCUUGAUAAACUGGGGCAACCCAUAUUAAAUGAAAACCCUCAGCUCACAGAUGGAUGGGAAGUACCCAAAUACCAGCAAGUUUUCACGCAGAUUAUUUCUCUAGAUGGACAAGAGAUACAAGUGAAGCCUAAAAGGCCAAAGCCUCACUGCUUCAACUGCGGAUGUGAAGACCAUCAAAUGAAAGAUUGUCCACAGCCACGAAAUGCUGCCCGUAUAAAUGAAAAAAGAAAACAGUUCAUGGAGGCUUGUGGGGAAGCAGGCAACCAAAACUUCCAACAGCGGUACCAUGCCGAAGAAACUGAAGAAAGGUUUGGAAGAUUCAUACCAGGAAUAAUUAGUGAUGAACUUCAGGAUGCGCUUGGCGUCACAGACAACAAUCUUCCUCCCUUUAUAUAUCGGAUGCGGGAGCUGGGUUACCCCCCAGGUUGGCUUAAAGAGGCUGAAAUGGAAAAAUCUGGGCUAACUCUCUACGAUGGUAAAGCAUUUCCUGGUGGGGAAGCUGAGGAGGAAGAAUCCUAUCAACGGAAUCGGUGUGUCUCUUAUGAUGUCUCCAAGUUGAUAAACUAUCCAGGUUUUAAUAUAUCCACACCAAGUGGAGUCACAGAUGAAUGGCGGAUGUUUGGCUCUAUACCCAUGCAACCAUCCCAGCAGAAAGAUAUCUUUGCCCACUAUCUUUCUACUUAUCGUUCGGCAAGUCCAAAGUCCAGCAAUAAAAGGCCUUCACCUCACCAGAGCGCUCAUAAUCAAAAAAGGCAGAAGAGAAACAAUGUUGAAGUAUCAUCAGCUGAUAUGGAGAUGGAUUCUGAUUUAGAAAUGCUGCAGGGUUCUCCAGCUUACGAUAGCUUCCAGUUCCAGCCUCCACUGCCUCCUGGGUCUCCGCUGAAUGCAACUCCUCCCCCUUUGCCCCGAGGUACCCCUCCCUGCACUCCCCCCAACUUCACCCCUCCUCAGCCACCUCCUUCCACACCUCCACCUCUUCCAGAAGACACUUUGAGUACUCUCAAUGAUUCUGUUUCAGUGAGAAUAGAGAAUGAAGAAACACUGACCCUGGAAGAGCUUGAGGAGCAGCAGCGUCUCAUUUGGGCAGCCCUCGAGCAGGCAGACAGUGCAAAUAGUGACUCUGAAAUCCCCACGGAAACUCCUUUAACAGGAAACUCCGUGGCGUCAUCACCACUUAGAAUUGAGCCAGACAUUCUUCCAGAGAGCACAGCGCUUAAGGUAUUGGAUGCCUGGCCUGAAUCCUCAGAAAAUAGCAAGCCUAUACCCAAAGCAGAGCAGUCCGAAGAGAAACAGAGUUUGGCUGACGAAAUGGUUGACUUAACAGGAGGAGGAGAAGAGCCACCCAGUCAGAUGGAUUCUGAAGAAGGCUCAGCUGAGAACUGCCCCUCCAUCUCUGUGUGUGAAGUGAGCCAAGGGGUAGAUGGUGGCAGCUCUCCUAUGGUCACCAAUACGCAAGGGUCGUCUACAAAUGCUAGCCCCGUCCCUGACAUGAGCAAGUUUGCUGCCGGGAUAACACCUUUUGAAUUUGAAAAUAUGGCUGAAUCAACUGGGAUUUACCUACGAAUAAGAAGUGUGUUAAAGAACUCUCCCAGGAACCAGCAGAAGAACAAGAAGGACGCCUCUUAACUGCCCUGCUGUUGCAGCACAGU